GAAGCGCUCCGAAAGGUUUGCCGCCGGCGCGCGGCCAGAGCGGCCGCAUGGAGAUGGAGGAGGCCGCGCGGGCCGCGCCAGCGCAGAGGCGGCGGCGCCAGAGCGCGCGGGCCGCGGCAGCGACGAGGCGGAGCGGAGGCGGCUGCGGCAGCAGCGGUUCGACAGCGCGAAGGCGGCGGCCGCAGCUGACCGCACAGAGGCCAGCGCCCACGAGCAGAGGAGGCCGCCGCUGGCGACGCCGAAGAAGCGCGCGGCGGAGGAGCCUGGAG